AUGACCAUGAAGUGGGGAGGCAUAGGGGAGUGGAAAGGGCAAGGAGGAGGAGGAGGAGGAGGAAGAGGAGGGAGCAACCCGCCGCCACCAGCAGACCAGACCACUUUGAAAGGCGCACAACGACCUUACAGACCCAAGCUCGAACCAGGCCAGUGUCCCAAGGACCUCGAGUUCCUGCGUCGCCCCGAGUUUGGCUUAACCGAUAACAUCCUCUACUCGCGCCGCUGCAUCAAACCCAUCUACAAGGCCGAUUUCGACCGCAGCACCAUCACCAACGUCGCCGGGCCGCUCGUCACCAACACCACCGCCCUCGAUCUCACCUCGUGCUCCCACGAUGAGCCCAUCCCCUGCGAGCCGCUUGCCCUCGAGGUGCCUAUGCCCUACCCCAAGGACGCCCAGUACCCGCACCUGCUUUUUGGCGUCGCCUCCAAGUAUCAGCGCAUGCGCGAAGCCAUUCCAGCCUUUGCCCACUGGCUAGCCGGCACGGGCGCCCGUCUGGUCGGCACCAUCGCCGACGCCGUACCUCCCGAGCACCAAGACGACAGCACCCGAAACUCGUUCAACCUUACCUUACUCGAAGAGGAAUACCGCGCCGCAGGCAUCAUCGCCACAUUCGUCCCUCCCAAGGUCUUCAAGCGUCUCAACCUCAAAGACGGCAAACCCGACCCUCGUCCCGUGCCCGUCGAGCACCACCACUUUCUCGUCAUCAAGGAACUCCUCUCCGUCAUCGACUCGUCCCAGUCAUCCCAGCCUCCGCACUGGCUCGCCAUCCUAGACGACGACACCUUCUUCCCCUCCCUUUCCCCCCUCUCCCAAACCCUUUCGCGAUACGACCACACCCGCCCGGCCUGGCUCGGCGCUCUAUCCGAUGACUUCAUGGCCGUGCAAGCCUGGGGCUUCAUGGCCUUUGGCGGCGCCGGCUCCUUUUUGUCUUUGCCCCUAGCGCGACAACUGGCGCCCCACUUGGAGCAAUGCAUCACCACUGCCUCGGUCCAAACCGGCGACGGAAUCCUGCGGGAUUGCAUCUACUCGCACACACGAACCCGACUGACGCUGGUGGAGGGGCUGAAUCAGCAUGAUAUCAAGGGGGACCCCUCAGGUUUCUUUGAGAGCGGCAUCUGGCCGGUGCUGAGUCUGCAUCAUUGGAAGAGUUGGUACCACGCGCCGGUGGCCAAGAUGGCGAGGGUGGCCAAGGAGGUUUGUGGAGAUUGUUUUUUAAUGAGGGUUCGGUUCGGAACUGGUUCUUCUUCUUCUAAAGACAACAAGAAAAGGAAAGAGGAGGAAAGUCUGCUGAGUCUGGGGUAUUCGAUUACGCAAUAUCCUGGCCUUGCCAAUGGGCUCGACGAUAUUGACCUCUCAAGGGUGGAGGGAACGUGGAAGGAGGCGGAACGGAAGGAGAAGUUUGCGUUUAGUUAUGGUCCGGUCAGGGGGAGGUUGCAGGUGGGCAAGGAGAAGAAGAGUUGGAGAUUGGUGGAUGUUGAUGUUGGGGAGGAGGAUUCAUCAUCAUCGUCAAAGCCACCAACACAGUCUACGGCCACCAAGAAAGAGGGCGGAGGGGCAAAGGAAGGCAGAGCAUGGAUAUCACCCAGGAAGGGUAAGAAGAGGUUCAGACAGAUUUAUGUGCACAAAGCUGCUGGACCGGCGGUGGGCGAGAGCAUGGAUGAGGUGAUUGAGUUGGUUUGGGAGGUUUGAGGUAUCUCACCUCUACAACAUUUAGAAGGGCUGUACAUUUUCAGUUUUUGGGGGCUACGCAUUAAAGGGGGGAUUUCAAUUCAUUAAGCCGGCUGGCUUGGCAUCAUUGGGUUGGUUGGGAAUGGCGGCAUUGGGUAUGCCAAACGGCUACAUCAUAUCAUGGAAGGCGGCGUUCGACGGAUUGUUUGUUUCAGUGUAAAUGUUAGACAACUCCUUGUAGAUGGGUUGAUGACCCAGAAAUGGUCUUUUCGAGAGUUGAUAGUCAAGACUAACGUUACAUCAAGAUUCAAGGAGCUCACCACUGCAUAUGUAUGAAAUGUUCUCUAACUCGUGAUGCACUGAAGAAGUUCGAACUUGCAUCGCCUGCGUCACAGGUACAGCCAACAGGAGAACCCGUCCGUCUCGCUCUCUUCCCACACUUUUCCCUCCUUAGUCUGAUCCUCGGUCCUAGGCAGAAAAAGGACCAGGACCGAUUCCUGACCCCAUUCCACCACGG